AUGGCUGCAGCUCAUUUAGCUGAAAACCUCAAGGAAGAGCUCACCUGCCCUGUGUGCAUGGACUACUUCAGUCAUCCAGUGACCUUAGGCUGUGGCCACACCUUUUGUCACCUAUGCCUCCUCAAGAACAGUGGAGAAGCUGACCAACCCUCUCCUUGUCCUGAGUGCAAAAGAACCUUCCCUUUGAGAGACUUGGAGCGCAAUCGCUGUCUAGAAAAGUUGGCCAGCAUAGCCAGGAAUGUCAAACCCUUAUUGCUGAAGAUUAAAGAGGAAAACACUGAAUGUAACAGACACAGGGCAGAGCAAAAUCUGUUCUGUGAGGAAGACCAAGCACUCCUUUGCGCAUUUUGCUUUCAAACCCCAGAGCACAGCAGGCACACAGUACGCCCUAUAGAAAAGGCUGCAGAGGAUUCUAGGGACAAGCUCCAAAAGAUUUCGGAUCUUUGCUGGAAAGAAAUGGAGACAAUUGAGAAGAUGCUGAUUGAAGAGAGGGAGAAAGAGAAAAGUUGCAAGGAAAAGGGCCAAGCUCAAAGGGAGAGUCUGGCAGAGGAAUACAGAAGGUUCCAUGAAUUGCUGAUGAAAGAAGAGCAACGUCGUCUUGAAAUGCUGGCCAGGCAGGAAAAUUACUACCUGAAGAGUAUAAGAGAAAGUGAGGUCAGACUCUCCCAGCACCUUCAAAGCUUGAAGGAGGUAAUCUUGGAGAUAGAACAAAAUUACCAGAAACCCAAUGUCCAGCUUCUGCAGAUGGUAGGAGAUGCACUUUUCAGGUGUGAGUCACUCUUGAGUCAUCGUCCAGAAACUGUCACCACCCCAGGGAUCUUCUUUUAUUACACUUUGAUAUGGGAAAUGCUUAAAUACUUCAAAGCGGAUGUGACCCUGGAUCCUGAAAGUGCCUGUCCACAUCUCAUUGUGUCUGCUGAUCUGAAGACUGUUGUACAUGGAGGCUACCAGCAGACUGUAACUUUCACACCUGGCCGAUUUAAAGACAAUAUCAUUUUGGGGGCUCAGAUCUUCGUAUCUGGAAUCCACUAUUGGGAGGUUGAUGUGGGAGACACUAGGCAAUGGACAGUUGGCGUAUGUAAGGAGUCAUUGAGUAGAGAUGGCAAUGUCCCCUCUGCUGAGGAUGUCUUCCUUCUUUCAUACAUUAAGAAUGGAGAUCUGUACACUGCCAUGACUACUCCUCCCUACUUCAAACAUCAAGUCAGUGUCCCUGUCCACAGGGUUGGGAUUUUGCUGGACUGUGAGGAAGGGACCAUCUCAUUUUAUGAUGCCUUGAGGAAAUGCUUCAUAUAUAAUUUCCCUCACUUCCCCUUCCCUGGGCCUCUUAGAGCACUCUUUUCUCCUUGUCCUGGAAUUGGGGAAGAGAGUGGAAUUCCAAUGACCAUCAGGGAUUUAUAAUAUUUAUGCCUGAAAUAGCUUCUUCUUAGACAUUUCUUUUUUUUUUUUGAGGCAGAGUUAAGUGACUUGUCCAGGGUCACACAGGUAGUAAGUAUCUGAGGACAAAUUUGAACUCUGGUCCUCCUGACUUUUUACUUGUUACUUGUAUAAGUUGUUGACUUUCAAUAAAAGUGUGUGACUAUCACUAUGUAAUCUCAUUAAAAGUUGGGGCAAAUGA